UCUACGAGGGCCAAGCCGUGAUAAACUCUGGUACUUGGACUCCUCCUAACUCCGGGCAGGUGGUGGCGUUAACUCGUCUUCAGUCUAGCGGUCGGCUGUAUGAACAAGAUUGGGAUUUGUAUAUUUGUGGAGGUGGCCAUGUAAGGGCUUCGUUGAUGAGCGGCGCAGCGGUGAGGCCUGUGACGCCGCGGGAAGGAAUGGCAGGACCCGGGGAGUCGCCGGGCAUUUCCCUGAGUGACCUGCGCAGGCUGCGCUACCAGUGCGUCGUCAACAGGUACGGGCGGCAUGUGUUGGUGCAGGUGUUCAACUGGUCGUACACGGGAGGCAGCCUUUCCGUGAAGGAGAAGCUGUUCCAGGAGCCCCACUUCUCCAACGCCCAGUACAAGAAGCUGUUCAACGCCCACCACCGAGCCAGGCUGGAGUCGGGGGAGCCCGUCAGCGGCUUCGACAUCAGCCUCCUGUACCAGCUGCUGCGCCACGCGUGCGCGCUGGACGCGGACGACGGGCGCUGGGUCGCCGAGGACCCGGGGGGCCCCUCGCUCGAGAACCUCCUCUACAAGAUCAAGAUGCACCGCAACAACCUGGCGCACGAGGACCUCCGGAUGACGCAGGAGGACAUGGAGGACAAACUGGAGGAACUGCGGCGGCUGUUCGUGGACGCUAUCAGCAAGGCCGGCCGCCGCUUCUCCAGGCCAGACGACGAGGUAGCCACGAUUCUAGAGGAUAUCAACAGCCGAAUUGACCAUGUUUACAAGAAGAUACGCGAGCCCCUCGGGGCGGAAGACAUUGCACAAUACCAGCAGGACGUGAAGGAAAUGAGGAAUCAUCUGGAGAGCAGCAUAAAGGAGGCAGCGAGAGAAGAGUUGGAGCAACUGUACUCGCGGUUUUAUGAGAUCCGCCUUCUGCCGUGGCUCCUGAUGGACUGCCAGGUGAACCCAACGCAGAUCUUCACAAAAUUCACCCUGAAGGAGGAGACCAGUCUCGCCGGGGAGCAGACCGCCAGGAAGGUUACCCACAAUGGCAUUCUGGAAGUCAGGAGAGCCGACGGCAGCGCAGCAGAUGUUCUGAUCGUCGUGGGCGACGGAGGAAUGGGGAAGACUACUUACCUGAAGUAUCUGAUGGAGAUGUGGAUCAAGGAUCCGUCUUCCGUGCCCGGCCUUGGCCAGGUAGAACUUUUGUUUUACAUCGAGUGUCGCAAUCCCAGCAUAGCUUCGCUUGAUCAGCUGAUUCGGAACCUUCUGCACGACACACCAAGGAACAUUAACGUGGAGUACGGCCACGUGCGCGAAACGGUUCUUCACAUGCAAAUUCUCAUCCUCAUAGAUGGCUUCGACGAGGUGAACGAGGCAUCGCGGCAGGUGAUUCAGGAGGUACUGCACCUCCCCGGGCACAACGUGCGCCUUCUGCUGACGACGCGUCCGGGCAGCCUUUCGGCGCUCUGCGCACUCGUGCCCCACAGCAGGCGGAGGCUGGUUCUGCUGUUGGAAGGAAUCACCAAAGAACACCACUCGCAGUUCGCCGGUCGACUCUGCGACAGCUUUGUGCCAGACGAAGAAACCAGAACCACAGUAAAGAUGGCAAUGGAGGAACAACUUACAAGGCUGGAUACUUUCCUUGGAACACACUUGAACAGUCCAUUAAAUCUUACGCUGUUUACAAUGCUAAUCAUUCAAGAUCCAACUAUAACAGAGACUCUAACCACUGCCACUGCUCUGUAUGUAUUACUAACAAAACUGGUCAAUGAGAAGGUUACUGAAAGAAUUUCCUGCAAGGUCUGGGACCCCGACAUUGCGCACAAGAUCUCUCAGUUCGAGGACUACAGCGAUAGCCUAGCGUUCAGGGCCAUGAAGCGCCGCGAGUACGAGCUGCGGCCGGACACCGUGGAGCGCCUGCGAGGCAAGUGCCGUGAGCUGGGCCUUCCCCACGAGGAGCUCAUGUCUGCCUUCUUCACUGCGCGGUCCUGCCGGCGGGGUCUCUUCUCGGUACUGGCCUACUCCUAUCACCACCUCAGACUCCAGGAGUUUUACACCGCACGGCACCUGCACCGGAGCAUCGUGCACUCGCAGAAUGCGGGAGACGUCGUGCACUCGUACCUCACCGACUCCGUCGAGUGGAAGUCAGAACAAAGAUUUCAGAACGUGCUGGUCCAUCUGACGGGGCUCUUGGCGCGCCACGGCGAACACCUGGUUCACGCCCCUUGCCUGCUGAGCCUGGUGCACCUUCCCUCCACUGUUGUGGACCCCCUGUUGGCCCACGUGGUGGAGGCGGGGCUGCACCCGCUCGUGGUGCAGGCCGCCGCCGCCGAGCUGCAGGCCCACAGCACCAAGUGGGAUGGCUGGGCGCAGGUGAAGGAGCCAAGCAGCCUGAGCGCCUUGGCGCCUGUCCUCGACGAAGUACCUGAGUGUGUGAAAUUACUGGCGCUGACGGCGUUCUCACGGAGCCCAGCGGACGAGCAACUGGCGGCCGCCUUCCGCGCGCUCUCCCGAAAGGACGUGCGGCUGGUUCUCGACCUCCCGCAUUUCUACUUCAGCGACCGGGGUUCGUCGAUCACCGAAGAAACGAUCCGUUUGAUCUCGGCGGCCAGCCAGACCUGUUGCCUGGAGGGCUUCCGGGGCCGCCUGACGCCCUCGGCGCUGCGCUUGCUGCCGCGCUGCCUCAAGGAGCUGCGCCUGCGGGUCGACCUCGGAGACGUCCUCGUGCUUAACGACAUCCUGCCGGGCCUUCCCAACCUCGAAAUUCUGGGCUUGAAAUACGAGGAUCCUGAAAGGUACGAAGUGACCCAUCUGCCGCCGCUUCCCUUCCCUGGACGCAAACUGAGCUUCACCUUCACCCCCACUCUGACGGACAGCGAGGACGACCUGCAGUGGGCAAGCGGGGUCCUGGCUAGGCUGUGCUCCCUGAGGCCCGGCGGGAACUGCACCAGCAUCUUCUUCAAAGACACACAACUCACGGACACGGGCAUCAGGAAGCUCUUCGAGCUGCUGCACCAGAAGGGCGUCCGCGUGUCGCAGCGCCUGGACAUCAGCCUGACGCAGAGACCGCCAGACAAAACGGAGCUCGGUGACCUGGCAACCUCCCUCGGCCUCGGAAACUUCAUUUGCCACUCGAACGCGCGGGGAGCCACAAGGCCGUCCUUCCCGCCAGUGUGAGCCUUGGGCCAGGCGACGCGUUGCAGCUUUCAGAUUUCCAUUAACCUGAAGAUGUCUGAAGAAAAUGAUAUCGAUUCGCAAUACACAUGCCAACCAGCAAUGCCUGACUGUACCUCGAUGCACGAGGGCCGAGGGCGAUGCCUCAAAGAUGCUGUGCAAACGCCAAAGCCAAAGCUAAGACGCGAUGGGUUCAGGGAAAGAGAAAUCCUGUUUCAGCUCUUUACAGUGAUGACAUGACAUAAUUUUAACAGAGUUGAUAAGUUUCCCAUAGUGAAUAAGAUGUAAUGUUAGUAAUUUCAUUGUUAGAUUACCUACAUCAAUAUCCAGCAUAAACAUUUUUAAAAAGUAGGCACACACACACACACACACACACACACACACACACACACACACACACACACACACACACACACACACACACACACACACACACACACA